AUGUUGACACCGAUCUUUGUAUGUACGCAAGAUGAUUCGUUUAUUAUAGUUUCUAUUACAUUGUCUGCUCUUUGCAAAGUAACAAAGGCUGUGUUUAGUAUUCUGAGACACCAAUUCACCUUUCACUGCGCGCCAUAUUAUCUUCGACUUAAAUUUGAUCAACCCAUCGUUGAAGGUUGUGGAGAGCGGGCCACAUUUGCUGUGGAGACAAAUAUACUGACUGUAUACAUCCCAAAAGAAUCUCCUGGGGAAGUGUUCACGCAAUUAGAUAAUCCAGCCUACUUGAUCGCUACAGAAAAAGAACGACUUCAACUUGUACAGCUUGUAGGCGGGACUGAAAGUAGUGUGGAAGCAUCCAAUACCGCACUGUUAGAAGAGGAUGAAAUGGAAUUUCGCCAACAGUUACCUUCAAGUCCUUUGGGAGGAGAAACUGGAUUCGGUGAUUACGGCUUUGCGGGGAAUUUCUCAGGUUUGUUCGCCUCACGCGACCCGGAUGUUGUUGCGGAUGUGCUUGACUUACCCAUCAAUCCAGACGAGACAACUGCAGCCCAACGACGACAACUUCGUCUACAGGAUGAAAGUAAUGCCUUUGACGAAGACGCUCUUCUUGUGAGUUUUGAAGAUGCCGAUGGUGAAGUGCGACGGCUGUUGAGUUACGUACCCGAACACCGUUUAGAAUAUGUAGCCGCGUUGGAGAGAGAAGGUAUACGUUAUGUGGCUCCCGCUGCAGCUGCGAUGGAAGCCCCUGUUCCCACUAAUAAUAAUAAUAAUAAUAAUAAUAAUAAUAAUAAUAAUAAUACUAUGAGUACUAACGCUGAGGAUGUAUUGGAGGAUGAGGAUGCGGUGCUUCCAAUCUCAACAGGCGUAGUGGAUGUAUGGGCAGGCAAUAUCGCAGAGUUUAAGAAGCCACUUAUUGAAGAAGUACCAACAUUGGAAGCUACUAUGCCUAUGGACAACAAUAGUGAGGAAAUUAUUACGGCUGGAAAUGUACCUUGUAGAAGUGCAGUACUGGCUGUUCCCCAACAACGUCCAUCUGCCUCCUUUACACAAGAAGAACAUCAAGUCAUGAUUCACAUUACAGCACCAAGAUUACUAUUUCCUCCCACUGCAUCUGUUGUGAAUGCCCUCACAGCAGAUAUUCUUUUCGCAGAGGCUUAUGAUGAUAUUGUAACGGAAGGAAGUGGCUGUAGUGAAUCACUCUGGAAUAUUUGUAAAUUAAGUCCUGCUCUUUCAUGGCUUGAUCCUGCAGAUAAUUUAUAUGAUGCUUGUAUAUUUUUUGCACGCCGUGCUCUUAUUUAUCCACUCCAUCGGGAUUUUUCUCUUGUACAACGAGUCUUCUCAUCUGUAGGCAUUCGUCUGUUGAUGGGUAAAUCAUAUGUUUUAAAAGCAUUAUUGCGUGUACGUGAAAUUCUUGCACAUGCUGAGCAUCGUCACGUACUUGUUAUUCUAUUUUUAAAUCCUCUCAUUGGAUAUUGGCUAAAUGUGCAAAAUGCAGAUGAGCAGCUGCUACAACUAGCAUUAGAAUUGCAUGCACACAUUAUCCGUGCAACACCAGAAGAGACAACAGUCAGCACAUCAUCAUCACUUCUUAUACGUGAUAAAAAGACUCUUCUUCCGCUGCAUUUACUCAACUUGGGUUUGCCCAUCUCAUGA